AUGCUGGCCUCGAACAAACGGCUCCUCGCAGCGUUGGACGGGAUGCAAAAGGUGGUUGCCCCGAAGCGCACGACGAGACGAGCGAGCAGGGACGUAACGAUUGACGAAGGGGACGGAUCGCCAAGCCCCUUCUCUCCACAAUCAAUCUUCGCCUCGCUCAAGCUUUCGGUAGUCGCCUUGAACCCGUGGACCGGCCUCCCAGUUCUGGGCGUGCGCCGGGUCCACGUGAAACCUUACGGAAGCUGGUCCACUGGUCCACCGCCACAGACUGUGGAGUGGAUCCAUCCAGGGGACUGCGCGUCAUUCACCCACCCGGAAGCGAGCCGGGCCAAAAACAAACUGAGCAAGACGAAAAGGGAAGGUCCCGUAUAUAUACUUCCAUCGAGGACUGGCAAUGAGGCUCUUGAAUUUGUGCCGCUGGUGGCGUUUGUUCUCCAAGUGCGGCAGCUCACCGACAACUGA